UAACGUAGUUUGUUUCCUCUGGGCUUCUGUAGAAACACGCGCAUGCGCACGGUGCAGUUGGACCUAGCGUGAAUGUUUGUAGUCCUACACACGUGUUCCCAGCUCGUAUGCUGCUGUAACGUCUAACAUGGCAAAAACAAAACACAUAGCUCCAGCACGUAGAAAAAGAAAAAGCCAAGUUUCUACAGAGGAGUCUGGAGAAAAACUCACAGAGGAACAGACUGAGACAGUUUGUUUAGAAGAACAAGUGGAAGAAGAAGCAGCAGCAGCAGUGGUGUCCACAGAGGUGAAAGUGGAAGAAAAGGACCAAGAUGAAAUUAAACCAUGUACAGAGGCUGAUGAAGGCCAGGGUGAUGAUGCCACGACAGCCACUCCAAGUGAUCAACAACAGUUGACAGGAAGUGGGAAACGGAAGGUGGAGUCCGACAAUGACGGCUGUGAAUCGAAGAAAAUAAAGCUCAUCAAUGAUGGUCAUUGUCUCUAUGUCGGAAACCUGAACAAGUCGAAAUCAUUUGACGAGAUCUUGGAUUCAUUAACGACGUACCUGGUGAAACAGUGUCUUCUGUUUCAGGAUGUCCGACUAGACCGAUCAAGGAAACAUGCGUAUGUGGAUUUGGCCUCAGAGAUGGACUUAAAUAAAGCCCUGGCCUUGAAUGGUGAGAUGAUGCUGGACCAAGCCUUGAAAAUGGCUAAGGCCAAGGUUAAAACUGCAGAGCAGGUGAAGAAGAAGAAGAAGAAGAAAACUCCAUCGAAGAACAAGGCGAACAACACCAGAUGCCUCUUCCUGAAGAAUCUUCCAUACACGGCAACAAAAGAAGACAUCAUGAAAUUUUUUAAUGAUGAUGUCACCGUCAGAUUUCCUGGUGGAGCUGAAGGGCCGAGCCACGGCAUUGCUUUUGUGGAUUUCAAAUCGAAUUCCAUCGCUAAGAAAAUGCAGCAAGAAAAACACGGGAGUCAUUUUCAAGGCCGGGAAUUAAUUGUUGACUUCACUGGUGGAAAACCUGACGCUAAAGUGACCAAAGCUGAAAUAAUCAAGGAUAAAACUAAAGCACCUCCUCCCAGCAACACAUUAUUUGUGAGAAAUUUGUCUAUAAAUGUGAAACAAAAGCAACUCCGCAAAAUCUUUCCUGAUGCCGUGAACAUAAGACUGCCGGACAAAAAUGGCAAAUCAAAGGGAUUUGCUUUUGUGGAGUUUCCAUCAGUGGCAGACGCUGAGAAAGCCUUGCAGUCAACUGGCAGGACGAAGCUCUGCAAAAGACCGAUGCGGGUGCAGUUCUUUGAAGAGAGGGAAAAGAAGAAAAGGGGAAAUGUUGACUUUAAAACAUUGAUGAUCGGAGGCCUAGCUGAGACCACCACGUCAGAGACACUAAAAAAUGCAUUUGAAGGAGCCUGCAGUGCCAGAAUCCCUGUUGACAAAGAGACAAAUGUCUCAAAGAAAUUCGGUUUUGUGGUGUUUGAAAGUGAAGACGUUUGCAAAGCUGCCAAAAAAGCCAUGGAGGACUGUGAGAUAGACAGCAGCAAAGUGACCAUCAGCUUUGCAAGAUCCAAGAUCGAAAAGGGUCAAACUGGCAUAGGAGGCGCUGUGGGACGUCCUAGUGAUAAGACUGCGGGUCAGGGGGCUGAUAAAGGAAAGAAGGAAAGCAGCAGCCAAGGAGGUAAAAGACCUGGAGCUGCUUUGGAAACGCAGAAGGCGAAGGAUGUGGAAAAUAAGGGCUAAUGUUUAUGUACUAGAAAAGUUUGUGCAGACUGUGUGAACCAUUGACAAUUAUUUGUCAUAAUUGACCUUUGGGUCAGGAGAACCUUUAUUUGUUAUUUGUCAGUUCUUUCAGGUAACGUCUCAAUCAAAAAAGUUUUAAUGAAAAAAACUGAUAAGUAAUUUACCUGUUUGUAAAUUUCUAAAUGACGAUUAAAUGUCAUGGAUUGUU